AUGCUACUGUACAACGUAUCCAUCGCGGUAAACGAGGCUUCAUCCGACAUCUGCUCAUGGGCCGGACAUAUUGCAGAGUGCGAACUUGAAGUGCACACAUUUAAAGAGUUCAGGAUUGGCACUACACCUGAGGUUGAAGAUGCCAUGAUUGUAUCACUCGAACAACCGCUGCGGGAACCUCGUCACGAUUUGGUCGUUUGUAUGGCACCAAUGUACAUCUAUACCGAUUGGGAAACGCUUCUUGUUGGCAUUGAAACAUGGCUGGCACUCGGCGCUACCAAAAUAAUCGUCCCUGUACAAUCGGCUUCGACUUCAAGCUACAAAAUUCUCCAGGAGUACGAAAAGAAAGGUCUUGUCAUCAUACGAACAUGGCCCAAAUGGCCAGUUCUCUCAGAUUCGAAUCCAAAUGGACUUGUGCUGAGCAGAGUCGAUCCUAUGCAAAUCAAAGCUGGCAUUAACGUAGAAAUACUUAAGAACUUGUUCGCUGAACAUCCACAAGCUGGAUCGCUGCUGUUCGAGCAUCGUGAUGUACAGUUCCAAUUGCCUGUACUACAAGAUUCUCCUACGACGCUUGCCAAAUUCAAUUUCAAUUUCCUUACCGAAUCGAAGAACAAGAUGAACUGUAAUGUGUGGAGAAUGAAAACACGUGUGGUUGUCAACGCCAGUAGGUUUAUUAGAAUCCAACAUGUUGUUCGAACAUAA